UCCGUGCCAAAGCGACAGACAGACAUACACACACAUACACACGCGUACACACACAUACACACACACACACAGCCAGACAGGCGGACAGACAAAGCAGAGACACCCCCGCAUAGUUUCCGUCAGUCGGUGACGUCUCCUCCUCUCAGCAGCCCGAGUGCAGUGACGCUUCUGGGCUGUGUCUGUGUGCUCUCCGCUAGGCUUUUCCAGACAGUGUCGAGAAGACCACGGACCAGAGAGGAGGACGAGCCAAUUCACUCACACGGGCAAAAAAAAGAGAAGAGGAUCUAACAUUGAAUACUACAACCAGCACCAUGCAUGUGUGUAAGAGCCAGAAGAUUUGUGUUAUCUGAAAAGACUUUUGGAGAGACUCGUUGAGUGGAAUAUAAGACCGCAGACAGAGACAGUGACCUGUGUUCGACAUGGCCAGUACCCAGACCAGCCUGAAGCCCCCGUUCAAAGAGUUGAGCGCGUUCAAAGGCAGCCUGAAGCGCCUGUACAGAGAGCGAUUGGAGGAUGCCCCCAUAAAGAAGCGUGUGAUGGCCGAGAUGAACCUGAAGAGGCGCAGCCUGGACCAACUUCAAAAGCCCCCCAAAGUGAAGCGUGAGCUGCCAGAGGGACGACCCGGGUCAGAGCUGGAGCUGGAGGGAAGAGCAGAGCUACAUGUGGGCGGGGCUAAAGCGCUGGACCUCAGCCCUGGACUUAAACACACCCUGGCUCAGUUUACUCUCAGCAGCCAGAGCUCUCUGGGGGGUCCCGCCGCCUUCUCGGCCCGCACCGGACACGAGCACUCCCCCUCGGGCAUGCCCCCCCUGCCCUCGCCCCCUGUGCUGGGAGGAGGCCCUCUGCUGGUGCCCUGUGACAGCUCCACGGAGCUGACCCACUCGGUGUUGGAGGGAGAGUCCAUCUCAUGCUUCGUGGUGGGAGGCGAGAAGCGCCUGUGUCUGCCUCAGGUGCUGAACUCAGUGCUGCGCGACUUCUCUCUGCAGCAGAUCAACACCGUGUGUGAUGAGCUCUACGUGUACUGCUCCCGAUGCGACGCCGAGCAGCUCCACAUCCUCAAGGUGCUGGGCAUCCUGCCCUUCAACGCACCGUCCUGCGGCCUCAUCACCCUGACUGACGCCCAGCGCCUGUGUAACGCUCUCCUCCGCCCUGGAGCGGCUCUGCCCACUGACCCCAGCGGGAAGCUGUCGGCUCAAGCGCUGCUCAAAGAGAGUGACAGCAGUUUCCAGGUGGAGCACCAGUGUCUGGGCAAGUGCCAGGGCCUGUUCGUGCCCCAGUUCUACACUCAGCCCGAGGCACCCUGUAUCCAGUGUGUGGAGUGCCAGCUGCUCUUCUCUCCGCAGAAGUUCGUCAUGCACUCGCACAAGUCGCCGGACAAGAGGACCUGCCACUGGGGCUUCGACUCAGCAAAGUGGCCCUGCUACCUGCAGCUGGCCCGCAAGUACCAGGGUUCAUCAGAGGAGCCCAAACUCAAGCAGCGCCUCAACGAGGUCAAGGAGAAGUUCCACUUCCAGCUCAAGCGCUCGCUAGACAAAAAGGCAGUGGAGGAGGAGGAGAGCCGCUCUAAGAAGCCCCUGGUGGACAUUUGCCCUCCUAGCGGCAAAUUAUCAGACAGCGAACAUGUUAAGAAGGGGAAAUCGUCUCCUCCUUCGCUGGUGUUUAAUCGACUUUUCAAUGACAUUAAGGAGGAGCCUGGACACCCCGCCCUGGUCCAUCCCAGUUACUACCUGUACACGUACGAUAAGAUGGUGGCCCCAAACGUGUCUCUUCGGCGGGAGGCGGAGAUGAGCCCUGAGAUGUUGGGAGCUCUGCUGAAGCACCACUACAACCACAGGGUCCUGGGACAUGACGAGCCCCCCAUGGACCUCCACGCCUCCCCUCCCGUCUCGACUGCCUCCCCUGACGAGUGCAAGUCCCAGAUUUUGUCAGCCGACAGGGAAUGCCAGGCCCAGGCAGUUUCCAUGGAGACCAGCAGCAGUUGUAAGAAGCGCAGCGCCAGCCCACCUCCUCCUCCUCUUCCUCCCCCCUCCUCUCUCGCGGAGCAAACGGAGCCCAAGGACUUGACUAGCUGCGGCGUGGUGGGGGGUCCCGAAGACGACAAGGACCGAAUCGUGGUGGAGAUCAUGCAGAUGUACAGCAGACAGCAGGAGAAACUCAACGCCACACUGCACAAGCAACUGCAACUGGAGAUGGAGUUGGAGAACCUACGUGGAGGAGAGGCGGCUCGUCUCCGUGAGCUGAGCGCGGAGCAGAGGGAGCUGCGGUCAGAGCUGCAGGCGGUCCACAGUGAGCAGGCGCGACAGCUGUCUCAGGCGCGACACGAGCAACACGAGCUGGAGAGUAGACUGGAGCAGCUCAGGCAACAGGGCUGUGCGUGUGAGCCUGGAACACAGAGGCAGCAAGAGGCACACUACACUGCACAGUUAUCCGAGUUGCGUCAGCGUCUGGAGCGUGCAGAGGCAGACAGACAGGAGUUGCAGGACGAGUUGCGCAGAGAGAGAGAAGCCCGCGAGAAACUGGAGCGCACAAUCAGCCAACUCAAGCAACAAAUGACCCAAAGCUCCAGCUCGGCUCUGGGGGGCAGCCCCUCCCCUCCGCUCACCCCCUCCACAGGACCCCCCAACUCCCUGUCCCCCACCACUUCGUCCUCCUCCCUAUCAGAGCACCACAAGUAAUCCCUCAACCUUUGCCCCCAUCCUAAAAAACUGACCCAAACACAUACAGUAAAGCCUAAGAUUAUUCAUACUCUGAUUUUUCACAAAAAAUAAAAUAAAAUUCUUUCAACAUUUUUUUUUUUUUUUAUGUAUAGAAGUACAGAAAAAAACAAAGUCAUCUUUGUCUUAUUACAUCCUACACAUAAAUAUGCCAUAUCUGACCCAUAUCUACCACAAGGUGAUACCAAAACGAUGACAUUGUAAUAAAAAUAAAUAUUGAAGAAACAGAAAGACAUUUUUAAGUGACCAACACCAGAAUCCAUAUUUAGCAUGCAUUUGUGGAUAACUUAAAUGACAAGAAAUUUACCAUCAUUUUACCAUUAAAAAAAGAGAAACCUAUGCAAGAUGCUCCCCAAAAUCCACUUGGAAAUGCUAAAUCGUACAAUUCAUAUCAAAAACACAACAAAAAAGGACCAUAAGGGCUUUGGACAAAAUAUGGACAAUUUACAAUAUCUUAUCUUGAAAGUUGUAUUUUUCACAAUGUUUCUUGCCUCUUUGUUGUCAAUAUAGAUGCAUCAACUAUUCAACCAGAAUGUGAAUAACUUUGGGCUUAACUGUACCACCCUACAAGCGGCCCCCCGUCACCAAUUUCCCGCCAAAACAGUCUAUCCCCAACCCUCCUUUUUAUUUCAAUGUAGGACUGACUAUUCUUUUGUAAUUUAACCACACUUAAAAAUUGUGUUUUUUAUUAUUAUUACCCAUCAUUUGCUCCUAUUACUAUAACAGUAUUUAAAUAUUUUUUGGGCAUGUAUGUUUUUUUGUUUUUUUUUUGUUUUGCUUUUAUUUAUAGUUUUUAUCUGAACUGACUGCUGCUGCUGCUUUGAAGACAGGAAUUUGGUCCGAAAUAGUGACCAAUUCUACCCUUAUCAUACAACCCCAUCAACUUUGUAUUUGACUUUUGGAGCUUGCGAACUUUUGGACAUUUUAAGCUCUGAAGACUUUCGCCGAAUUCAAGUUAUGCUACUACCUGGCACAGCAAAUGGUGGAUUUUAUAUAUAU